AUGGCAGAAAACCGAAACGCUUUGAUUCCAGCUCCUACGAUGGACUCACAGUUGGCGUACAUCAUGAAAGAGUGUGGGUGCGACGAAAAACGAGCGAAAAUGCUUCUUGCAAUGAGCAAACAAGACCCUUUGAAAGCAGUCAGCCACCAGAAAAAGUUACUAGCCGUGCUGGCUCGCCAAGGCCACUCUCAAGCCUUACCUACAAAUGUGGCGCCGGAGAGCCAGAAAGAGCCUGUGCCAUUUCCUAUCACUCCUCCAACACCUCCUACCCCUCCUUUUGAGGGAGAAGAGCUAGGCAAUUCGGAUGACGACAAUGUUGCUGCGUCUGUUCAGGAUAGGACUGUGGUAGAUGCUACUCCAAUACCAACAGCCACAAUCGCGGCUGAGUCCUCGUUCGAGAAGAAGCCGAUGCAGUCAAUAGAGGCAACGAAGACACCAGAAUGGAACUUUCAGUUACCCCGACUGCCAGAGGAGGAUGCCGCUCAAAUCCUGAGCAUGUCUGAAUACGGCGGCGGAACACGAAACUCACAAGGAUUGGAAGAAGGAGAAACAGCAGCUUUUGACCUUGGGGAGCUCUGUGCGGGUGUGCAGCAAGGUGCUAGCAUCCUAGCCAUUCGGACAUAUCUUCAAGGCUUCCCCAAUGCCAACAUCGAAGCACGUAUCAACGGCACCAUCGAGGGCAUUCCGUCCGUCUUCUAUGCGGUCGAGUCCAACGACCCCGCCAUGCUGAGGCUUUGGGCCAGUUAUGGUGCUGACGUCUCGGUCAUCCACCCUACCUCUGGGACGCCCUUGCUAGCCUAUGCUGUCAUACUCAGCGAGCUUCUGGACGGACGUGAUACUUCGCCUGUGGUAGCCACGUUGCUCAGUCUGGGGGCAUCGCCCAAAUCGAUUCCAGACGCCUUCUAUGUGAAGUACAACCGUGAUCUGUCUGAAGACGAGCUGCUUCAGAAUGUUGAUGGUCUCGAUGGCGGCAGCGCAAAGAUAAUCGAUGUGUGGAAGUGGUGUAAAUCUCCUAGUGUGCGCAAAAAGAUGGCACGCACCACAGAUCUGACGCAGCGAUACUAUCUCGACCGGGCGACCAAGCUCAAACGUGCCGGCGUCCGCCACCGCCAGGUUGCUGUCUUGCGCAACGCCGAGGCCAUCCUCGGUAUACAGUACCACCUGAUCGGACAGACGGUCGCAGCCAAUCACCUGUUGCGCAAGCUGAUGACCUACAUCACGGUGCCGAGCAAGCGGCCGCUCGUCCUUGUCUUUGCCGGUCCCAGCGGCCAUGGGAAGACGGAGCUGGCGAGGCAGCUGGGCAACCUUCUCGGACUGGCACUGCAGGUGGUCGACUGCACCAUCUUCAACGAGGAGAGAGAGAUGUUCGGGCCACGGGCUCCGUAUGUCGGUUGUGAACGGGGCAGUCCGCUGAACAAUUUCAUAGCGCACAACGCCGGCCAACGGUCUGUCGUCUUCCUCGACGAAUUCGAGAAGGCGUCCAAGAAAAUCCACCAGGCGCUUCUUCUGCCCUUUGACAGUGGCGACUACCAGGACCGCCGCUCGCUAGGAAAAGUCGACUGUUCGCGCACGAUCUGGAUCUUGGCGACCAAUGCGCUGGACGAGACCAUCCUCCAGUUCUGCAGCGCCCAUCCGGCCAUCCUUCAGCAGGACUCUGCGGACGUGAACAACGCCACGACAAAGCACCUGACCAAGAAGCUGUCGAAAGAGCUGCGCAGUGCGUUUCUCGACCAUUUCGGUGCGCCCAUCACAGGCCGCGUGUCCGAUUUUAUCCCCUUUGUGCCCUUCUCUAAGGGCGAGCAGGCUGUAGUGGCACACAAGUUCCUGCUGGAGCUCGCCGAGAACGUCGCGCAACCGGUCUUGAUUCGUCAGGGAGCGGAGCGGGCGCAGCUGCUGGGCAACGUGAGACUACAUGUGCGGCAUGAUGCCAGCGUGUGCGCCCGACUCGCAGAGGCUGAGUACAGCGAAGAGCUCGGUGCACGGAGCCUUCGCAAGGCCGUCGAGCACGUGCAGGACGGUCUCGUCGAGAGCUACCUUGAAGACGAUGAGGAGAUUGAGGAGGGAGACGGCACUAGUAAGACCGACUUCAUCGUCGACGUCAGGGCAGACGAAAUUGUGGUUCGCAAACAGGCGACCGAGCAGUGGGUUGAGUAG